AUGCUUGGUGCAUGGGCACUGCUCCUAGCAGUGCUUCAUGGUCGAGUCACCUUAUCUCUGAGCGGUCUCUUCUACGAGAGGGACUUCUUCAGCUUGCUGUGCAUAGCCAUGUUGAAUACCAAUGUUGCAAUGCUACUCUUUAACUUGCUGGUCCCUUGCUUUCCGCUCGACUGCUCCCGGAUCCUGGCAAGCGUGCUCCUUUUCUGGAUGGAGCCUGGCAAAGCCGCCGGCGUUGUUGUGGUAUGCUCCGUCAUUGCGCUCGUUGUGCUUGUCGGCCUGAGUGUUUGGUCGUAUGCGGAAAGAAGCGCUGCAUUGUCGUUGAACUUGGUGCUGGCUUUCUGGCUUGCGAUGCAGACAUGGAGGUUGCACAGAAGUCGUCUGCAGGGGGACUUGGCUUCCGAUCCGCUCUUCGCUGCAGCCAUGGCAGCUCGGAGCCAAGCCACGGCCUCCGCCACCGCCCAAGCUCCUUCAAACAGCUUCCGGCUCUUUGGAGGAGGCGCCGUAUCCUUGGGCAAAGCUACCGCACCGCCGAGCAGCCAAGCUUGCCUCGGCGCUGCCAUUGUACUUUGGGCCGAGCUGAAGACCGCGGCCUCGGCGCGCUUCGGCGAGCUGCGGCAGCUCGUCCGCGCCGAAUACGUCCGGGAGGUCACCGAGGCCUCUGCAGAAGGACAGUGGGUGCUGGUGCUGCUGUACACAGAGAGCAGCCUAGCAUGUCACCCGAUGAUGAGGCCCUGGGCAGAGGCAGCACGGCGAUUCCCUUCCGUGAAGUUCAUGAAGGGCGUGGCCUCGGAGAUCAUUCCUGACUUCCCGGACAGCCUGACACCGACGGUGAUCAUGUACAAGGACAAGGAGUGCAUCAAGAAGGUGCAGGGCCUGGCCGAAUGGGGAGGAAGUCGAGUCUGUGUCGAUUCCGUGGAGUGGGUACUGGCGGAGCUUGGCAUUGUGCAAUCCGAGCUCGAGGAGGAUCCCAGGGCGGCGGCCGAGAUGACCGAAGCACCUCAGGACGGGUCCGAGGAUUCCGACGAAGGCACAGACGAUCGCAGCUACACCUCUGCAAGAUUGGAGCGGACGCUGCGCGGAAAGUGGCGGUAA